AAUCAGGCCCAGCAAGAAGGUGAGGACCAAGGCCCACACCCGUAACUUGAAAUAAUCAGAAAACGCUAAAUGUGAACAACAUAACUAGUCACAGCACUAGUGUCCAAAAAGCGGCGGCACAAUCACUUCAUAAGUGAGGUUGGGACUCAAAAAGUAACAAAAUGGCUGAAGCUCAUCAGGCUGUGGCAUUUCAGUUUACUAUUACUCCUGAUGGCAUUGACCUCCGCCUCAGUCACGAGGCACUAAAACAGAUCUACCUCUCAGGACUCCGUUCAUGGAAGAAGAAACUAGCUUGUCUCAGGAAUAGUUUCAUCACUGGAGUUUACCCUGCCAGUCCUUACAGCUGGCUUUUUGUGGUUAUUGCAAUCUUGGGGACCAUGUAUGCCCGUGUGGAUCCAUCCAUGGGUAUGAUUGGAAAGAUCAAAGAAAAUCUGCCAGCAAGCGAAUAUUUAUCUCAUCAAGGACAGAGCAUUGUGAGUGUCCUAUUGUUUUCUACAGGCCUGUGGUUUGCACUUAUCAUGACAAUGAGAUAUAUUCUUAAACAACUUCUGUCUUACCAUGGCUGGAUGUAUGAGCAGCAUGGAAAAAUGUCUGUUACAACUAAGUUGUGGUUGACAUUGGUAAAGAUUUUCUCAGGGCGUACACCAAUGCUUUACAGUUUCCAGGCAUCACUCCCUCACCUCCCUGUUCCAACUAUAAAAGAUACCAUACAAAGGUAUUUGGAGUCUGCUAAACCUCUUAUGGAUGAUGAGGAGUUCAAACGUAUGGCAGCACUAGCAAAGGAUUUUGAGAUAAAAAUGGCUCCAAAACUACAGUGGUACCUGAAGCUGAAAUCCUGGUGGGCAUCCAACUAUGUUAGCGAUUGGUGGGAAGAAUAUAUCUACUUGCGUGGAAGGGGGCCCAUCAUGGUGAACAGCAACUAUUAUGCAAUGGAUUUUCUGUAUGUCACUCCAACCCCAAUUCAAGCAGCUCGUGCAGGCAACGCAGUCCAUGCUAUCCUGUUGUAUCGCCGUAAAUUAAGUCGGGAGGAGCUGAAACCGAGCAGGGUCCCAGGAUCUAUAAUCCCGUUAUGCUCAUCCCAGUGGGAGAGAACAUUUAACACCACCCGCAUACCCGGAGAAGAGACAGACACUAUCCAGCAUUAUUCGGACAGCAAACACAUUGUGGUCUAUCACAAGGGACGCUUCUUUAAAGUGUGGGUUUACCAUGGUGGUCGCUUGCUUAACCCCAGAGAGCUGGAGCUUCAGUUUCAACACAUCCUAAAUGACACAAGCUCUCCACAGCCUGGAGAAGAAAAACUAGCUGCUUUAACUGCUGGCGAGAGAACAACUUGGGCCAAAGCUCGUAAAGCUUAUUUUCGGAGUGGAAAGAAUAUGCAGUCUCUGGAUCUUGUGGAGAGAGCAGCUUUUUUUGUCACUUUGGAAGAUAGCGAGCAGGGACUGCGGAUUGAUGAUCCAGUGAAUUCUUUGGAUGCCUAUUCUAAAUCUUUGUUGUAUGGGAAAUGCUACGACAGAUGGUUUGAUAAGUCCUUUAGUUUUGUGGUGUUCCAAAAUGGCAAAGUGGGACUCAAUGCUGAACAUUCUUGGGCUGAUGCACCCAUCGUUGGACAUAUGUGGGAGUGGAUGUUGGCUACAGAUUGCUUUCAGCUUGGAUAUAAUGAUGAGGGACACUGUAAGGGUAAAGCCGAUUCUACUUUGCCUCUGCCACAAAGAAUGCAGUGGGACAUCUCUAAUGAGUGUCAAGAGGUCAUAGAAACAUCACUGAAUGUAGCUCAGUUGUUAGCCAAUGAUGUUGACUUCCAGCGUUUCCUUUUCUGCCUUUAUGUUGUAUCCAAAUACCUUGGAUUGGAUUCACCUUUUUUGAAACAGGUACUAUCUGAACCAUGGCGCCUGUCAACCAGUCAGACACCAAUUCAGCAGGUUGAACUCUUUGACCUGGUGAACCAUCCAGAAUACGUCUCAUGUGGCGGUGGCUUUGGACCUGUGGCUGAUGACGGCUACGGAGUCUCUUACAUUAUUGUUGGUGAAAAUCUAAUUAACUACCAUAUAUCAAGCAAAUUCUCCAGUAGUGAGACAGAUUCUCACCGAUUUGGCAAACACAUUCGGGGAGCUCUUCUGGAUAUUUUGGCCUUGUUCAAUCUUAAUACAAAAUAGGCUGUUUUCAUCUUACAAAAAAACUCUACACAAAGAACAUCUGUAGAUUACAUAAGGAGAAGGAAGAAAAACAAAUAAAUCAUUGCAGCCUAAAGGGACCAUUUGGUAGUUUAUCAUCCAGAAUGCAUAUGUACUGAACUCAAUGCAUACCAAUGCACUGCCUUACAUGCGCAAACAAAUAGGUUUUAUACAUUACUAUAGUAGUACAAUCACAAAUUCAGAAAGUCAGUACUAACCAGCUUAAUUUUGUUCAUAGGCACAUAAUAUACAAUAACACAUACAUGCAGGGACUAUAAUAUGACUAAACGCACAUGUGCACUGUCCUUUUAAAGAAUUGUAAUGUGAACUUCUAAUGCAAGAUGCAGAAUUUGUGCACAUUCCUUGUUCCUUUUAAACUAAGGAAAAAUGUCAGUAGCUGUUCUUAAACACUCAAAUGAUAGAUUCUGUAAAGCAUAAUUGUAAAGAAUAUAAAAGAA